AAUGACCCAACCACAGCACUUAAGGCUGGUUUUAAUUGGUGCAGAACUGGAAGGCAAGAGCUCAGCUGGCAACACCAUUCUGGGAAGACAUGCAUUCUGUGUUAAUGAUAGCGGCAGCAGAACAACCCACAGUGAAAUCAGUCAUGGUGUGGUUGAAGGAAGGCGGCUCACAGUGGUCGAUUCUCCUGGAUGGUUUUACAUCAACACCCUUCAGGAAACCAGUGAGAUGGAUAAACUGGAAAUAGAGAACAGUGUGAAUCUGUGUCCUCCAGGACCACAUGCUGUGCUGCUGGUUGUUGGCCUUGAAACCGCAACCCAUGCAACAUAUCUGAGGUCUGUCCAGGACCACAUGAGCCUGUUUAGAGAAGAAAUCUGGAAACACACACUGGUUCUGUUCACUAUGAGUGACGGAUUGGGGAGGAAGACUGUGGAGGAGCACAUAGAGAGUGAGGAAGGUCUGCAGUGGAUAGUGAACAAGUGUGGGAACAGGUAUCAUGUCCUGAACAACAAGGACCACAGUGAUAAGAUUCAGGUAAAGGAACUACUGGAGAAGAUUGAAGAGAUGUGUGCAGGAAAUGAAGAUCCUUACUAUGAAGUGGAGCUGGACCGAGCAACAGAGCUAGAAACCAAGAGAGAGACUGGAGACAAGAUGGCCAAGAGGUUGAAGAUGAUCAAUGAGAGACAGUCAAGAAUAAUGAAAGAGUUGUUUGGAGGUGAGAGAAGUCCAGUCAGUGACAUCAGGAUUGUUCUUGUUGGCCAAAAAUGUUCAGGAAAGAGUAGAGCUGGAAACAUGAUUCUGUUCAAGGAUCUAUUUGACCUGAGUUUCAACAUGACUCGGUCGAAGAAGAACCAACAAGAUCAGAGAGAAAAUGCAAAAUGUGUGAAACAUGAAGGACGGUUUAAUGGAGUAAAAGUCUCAGUUGUUGAAACUCCAGGCUGGUUCUCAGACCCAACACCACCUGACUGGAUCAAAGAUGAAGUUCUCCACAGUGUCUCCAUGUGUUCUCCUGGACCUCAUGUUUUUCUCCUGCUUGUUCCCAUCCUCAGAUCUUUCACAGAGAAAGAUCUCAAAGCUCUGCUGGAGAUCAUGAAGCCAUUAACAGAGAGAGUGUGGAGACACUGCAUGGUUCUGUUUACCAGGGGAGACUGGAUCAAUGACGUCCCUGUAGAGAAUUACAUCGUCAGAGAGGGAAAGGAGCUCCAGGAGCUUCUGGAGAAAUGUGGGAACAGAUACCAUGUUCUAAACCCCAAUUGUUCUGAUUUCUCUGUUCAAGUCAAAGAGCUGUUCCAAAAAAUUAUUGACAUGGUAACACAUAACAAGGGAAUCUUCACAACUGAAGGCAAACAAAAUAAAUUUCAGGUAUUUCUCUGGCAAAAACAACAAAUAGAAGAAGAAUGGAACAGGAGAGAACAGGAGCUGGUAGAGCGAGUGUUGAAGGUUUUAGCACAGGAACCAGAGGAACCAACAGUACCUUCUGCGAGAACCGCACAGAGCAUGGAUGACUUUCACAUUCCUUACAUGAGUGGAGAUGUUUUAUCAGAAUAUGGAAGCAUUCCGGAGUUCAUGAGACCACGAGGACACGACCACAUCACUGAAUGGCUGAAUAACAGAGCAAGACUGUCUGAGAUCAGCUCUGGGAUCAGCAGCAUUUGUUUUUCAGCUACUGAUACCGAAGUAUCUGAGAGUUUUCUUAGAAAUGCAAAUCUGCCAAAAAUGUACUUAUUCUCUCCGAAGGGUAAAGAAGAUCCAAAACCAACAAAAAUUACACUCAGGAAGUCCUGUUCCAACUAAAGUAAUACGAUCUGACAAAAACAUAGAACCACAUGGGAAGCAAGAUUGUAUAUCAAAGAGAUCCACAAGAAUUUAUUUUUAUGUUUCAUAUCUGUUCAUUAAUUCAGAUUUUUCAAAAAGCAUAAAUGCUGGAUGUUUAUGCUACUGUCACAAAGAACUUGUUGAUAUUGUCAUGUCAUAUUGGUAAAUAAAGUUUUUGAUAAGUA